AUGGCACUAGUGCCAUUCAACGAUAGAUCUAACGCCUCUCCUCCUGAGAGCUCCUCGAUCACAGACAGCCGGAACGGAGGGCUUGUGGUGUGGGAAGCCUCCCCCGACGAUACGGACGACCUCGCGUUCGUGCAGGCUCUUGAACUCGCUGAGGCCUCGGCCAAGCGACGCCGCACAGGAGAAUCUGGCGGUCACAAUCAGUGGAUCGGUCGACAGACAGCUGUCGCCAGUGCAGGGAACACCCUUGGCGGUGGUGAAGAUCAAGGUGGUGGCUGGAGCGGAGGCGGAGCGAGUGGUAUGAGGAAUGCUGGUGUGAACGGUGUUCUUGAGCCUGGUGAUUACAUGGUCAUGCAAGGGAAACCGUAUAUCAAGAAGUCGGGCUGGCGCAAAAUUGCCUUCUUUUUCAACGUGUCAUUUGAAAUCCGAGACAAGACCAUCGAGAGGGACGAGCGUGGUAACGUUACAAGAUCGGAGUUCCUUGUUCGAGCCAGCAUGCCUUCCGGCAGAUUUUCUGAUGCAUGGGGCUCAUGUGACCGAGGAGAGAAGAGGUUCAGUAAACCGAACCAUGAUAUUCCAGGCACUGCUGAGACUCGAGCUAAGAGCCGUGCAUGCCAGGACCUUUUGGGGAUUGGGGAGUACAAGCAGCAUCACUCGUGA